GAACUAAAGAGAAUAACUACAAAUGAAAAAGUCCUCAUCAUUAUAAUGGCAGGCUUACAACAAUCUUCCAAACAAGUUCAAUUAGAAGAUGAAGUUUUUUUAAAUGUUCUCAAAGCGUGCUCAUUGGUGCUUGAGUUGAAUGAAAUUUUAGUGGAAUUAUCAUCUUUUAUUUCGGUUAAAUUGUCGAAAUUUUGUCCCAAUGUUUCUGCUAUUAUAGGUCCUUUAACAACUUCCCAAUUAUUGAUUGCCACCGGUUCCUUGAGGCAAUUGUCAUUAACUCCAGCAUGCAAUAUUCCCUCAUUAGGAGUAAAAGAUCUUUCUUCUACUACAAAAACCAAUCCAGGUCCCAUAAGGGCCACCGGAUACCUAUAUCACUGUGAUUUGAUUAAUUUCUUGCCCAAAGAGAUUAUGAAACAAGCAAUGAGGAUCGUAAGUGCUAAAGUAGUCCUUGCAGCUAGAAUUGAUUUAUCAAAAUCUUCAUUAAGUGGUGAAAUUGGCCUAAGUUAUAAACAGGAAAUUGAAAAUAAAAUCGAUAAGUUAUUAACUCCCCCAGAUAUGACCAAUGAUAAAGCAUUGCCAAUACCAAUUGAAUCUAAAUCCAAAAAAAGAGGGGGUAGAAGAUUUAGAAAAAUGAAAGAACGUUUCCAAAUGUCUGACUUACGAAAAGCCCAAAAUAAAAUGGAGUUUGGUAAAGAAGAAGACUCAAUCAUUAAUGCCAUGGGUGAAGAAGUCGGUCUUGGGAUGUCAAAAUCAGGUAGUCAAGGUAGACUUAAUAUCAAUAUUAAUACUAAUACCAAUGCUAAAAUGUCAAAGUCAAUGAUAAAUAGGCUUCAAAAGCAAAAACAAACUUCAGCAAAUGAUGCCUUAGACACAUUCACUUUAUCAAAUCCCGAAACUGAACCUAAUACCUCUAUCAAUUCUCCGGCAACCCUACUGAGUAUCGCCGGUAAUAAAUGGUUCACCGGUAUGAAAAGACUACAAGACGAAGAUAACGAUACAAACAAAAAGCCCAAGUUCUAGCAUAUGACUCAUAUACUUUAAUAAAGAAUAUUACGAUA